AUACGGAGAGGAGAGCACAGAGGGCACAUCUAUACACAGCAGAGAGACACAGCUCAACGGUGCUUUAAAUCCGGCUCAGAGCACCAGUAGCAAGAAGCACGUCAAGUUCGACGCCGAGUCCGUACAGAACGGCCGCGUGCGACGCAAGAAGAACGCCGGUGGCGAUGACACUCCCAAACCUCCGGCCCCUCCGCACCACGGCAACGGCACGGGCGGAGGAGCGGACGGCGAGGCGCAAAGAGCGGUCAACCGGCUCACGCAGCGGGCCAGCUCAGAGAUGGCAGACGGCAAACCCGAGCGCGCCCUGGCCUCCUUCCGCAAGGCGUACGAGCGCUCAGGGCAGCUCGCCGAACCGGCGGCGAGGGCUGCGUGCGCCUUCAACCUGGGCGCGGCGCACGUGGCCGCAGACCAGGCUGACAAGGGCCUGCAGUACCUGCUGGAGGCGCAGGCAGCAGGGUCCCAGGACCAAGACCAGCGCGGGGACCUACUCUUCAACCUGGGCGUCGCGUACGAGGCGCUGCACGACCCCGCCAGCGCCUGCGCGCUGCUACGAGGACGCGCUGGCCCAGUACCGAGCCGACCAAAUGGGAGGCCAGGCCGACGCUCAGGUGAAGCUGGGCCAGUGCUGCAUGCAGCAGGGCGAGGAGGCACGGGCGGCUGACUGGUUCCUGGCGGCGGGACGGAGUUACCGCUGCGCGGGCCGGGCCGACCAGGCGGCCGAGGCGCUGUGCGAGGCCGGCGCGGCCCUACUGCGCUCGCCCGCCACCGCUGGCACCGCCGUGGUGUCCGUGCUGGAGGAGUGCCGCUCCGCCUGUACUCACGUCCGUGACAAUGACGCGCUGUUGGCGCGUCUCUACAACGAGCUGGGUCUCAGCUUCUCGCAGCUGCAGCUCUUCCCGGCGGCCGUCGACUGCUUUGAGCGGGCGCUGCCACUGAGCGAGGGCGUCGCGGACGCGGCCCGCCGGGCGGCCGUGCUGCAGAACAUGGGGGCCGUACGCAACUCCCAGGGGCAGUUCCAGCUGGCGCUCGCCUUCCACCGGCACGCCGCUUCGCUGCACGGUGAGCUCCAGAACCGCAACGCUCAGGGCCAGUGCUUCUGUAACCUGGCGUUCGCGUGCAGCCAACUCGGGGACCACGAGGCCGCGGCGGAGAACUACCUCCACGCUCUGCAGGCGUUCCGCGACACAGGAGACGUGCACGGCCAGUGGCAGGCCAACGAGGGCCUCGGGGCGGCCAAGUUCCGGCUGGGGGACCCGGAGAAGGCCGUCUCCUGCUACAAGCAAGCACUGGCGCUGCUCAGCCAGGACAAGGUAGCGGCUGGGGAUGCCCAGGAGAGGAUUGUGGGUAAACUUACGGAUGCCAUUCAGUACAGAGUGAGCAUCUCGAAAGCCAUGGGACAGCAGAUGGGAUACGUGCUAUCCCCCUCCGCGGUAAGACAGGAGAUGACCCAGUCGCACACUUACCUCAUGCCUUACGGGUACCACCUCCAACGGGCGCUGCCAAUAAGCAAUGAAGGAGGCGGGCAUGGUGUGGUGCGUGUGGAUCAGCUGCGAGCCGUGGGGUCGGCAGGCAGACACCCUCAGGGUCCUGAGGAUGAUCCCACAAACAGGACGGCUCCUACCCGAGUCUUCCCUGGCACACACAGAGGCGCUGUUGGUGUGGGGGGUGAACUCCAUCAGGGCCCACGGUACGGCCCAGCAGGGCCAGUCCAGAGGCCCCUCAUGCAUCAGCCACCCCACAGCGGCCUGCAGAGGCAGCUCCCAAGGGCUGCUCCUGAGAAUGGACAUCACGCCCGCCCAGCCACCACCUCCCACCUACCUUCCAGCUUAAAUGACACCUACCUGGUCCCUGACCCUGCCACACUGUUUCAUCAGGCAUCCAGGCCGCAGGCAGCAACAGGCUCGUCAUGGGGUACGGAACAGCACCCCUACUCCACCAUCCGGUCCCAGCAGAUGGCAGGGCCAACAGAGAGGCCACCGGGGCCAGAGAGAGGCUUGACCGAGGACCCCAUCAACCGUGAGGAUCGCGACAGAAGGCCGUCCGGGAGUAGCGGACAUUCUGGCAGCUCGGGCCGGAUGUCGGGCGGAGAACUCCACACCGGCCGCCGACGCCGCUCCCGCAUGUGCCUCCUCAUGUGAAGCCCUGCAGCAGCGCUGGCUCCCCUGGUUGCAGGAAGCUCACGAGGACAGUGAUGCAGCAGCCUGAUGUGCCGAUGACAAGAGGGCACGUGGCCAAGGAUGGUUCGACUCAUCAUAAACACAUCGUGCUGCCCUGAGCCAAUGUAUUUUCACUGGAACCAGAUCGCAGCGGGUGAUCUGGUAAUGGGAGUCAUUCAACUUGGAGGCCACUUAUGAGCGAAGGGAGUUGACUGCAGCCCACUUAAUUUUGCCUCAAAGCGAAUCUAAGUCAGUCCUUGUUUCCGAAAUGUACUACUGUAAUGAGCCAAGAAUGUCUGUGUGUCCCGCGCGUGACGUCACUCCACGUCGGCCAGCCCCCCUCAUUAAUACUCAUGAACAGGUGACGUCCUCCACAUGGACCCCCACCCCCUCAUUAAUAAUCAUGAGCGGGUGACAUCACUCCAUGGGGCGAGGCGUCUCCUCCCCCCUCCUCAGCGUCAACUUACAAUCCUCACUACAAAGGCAGAACCCUCACAUCACGCGAUCUCCGUAACGCUAUUGAGACAUAGAAGUAAAAAGGAGGUCAUGAUUAACAAGGGAUUAUAAUCUUUAAAAUUGCACUCGAAUUGAUGCAAUGAAUUUCACGUCGUGGUCUGAUUUUGGCUUGCAAGCACAGAGCUGGUAUCUCAGUUUGAACUGAGCUGGAAAUUUGCCGCUCUUUGCCAGCGAUUACACAGUGAUGGUGCUGACCCCGGCACCUAAAUAUCAAACAUAGUCAACAGCUGCAAUUGUAAAUAUUUACACCAAUGUGUGUCAAAUGUCUUCCAUUGAGCUUGGAUGCGUGGAGUGUUCACCAAUACAAUACACUUCCAUUCGGAGUUGUACAGAAUCUAAAUGCGACUGCAUCUUUGGACGAUGUACAGAAACUGGACAUUUAUUUUAUAUAGAGGGGCAGUCAGUCGUCGUAGAGGAAAAACGGAAGGUCUGGAGCCUGGACUUGAAAAGGGGCAGGGGUUCGACAGCACAGGUGACUGGAGGAAAGGAGUUUCCAACAAUGGGGGCUUAAAAGGAGAAUGACUAAGUUAAACCGCACAAAAAAUUUCAAAAUCCAUUUUAAACAUGUACCUAUAGACAUCAAUUACUUUAUUCAAGUGGUGUGUAUAAGUGAUCCUUAUGGCGGUACCCCGGGGUCCCAAAUAAUACAAAAUGGCCGAGGCAAUUAAAUAUUUUAUUUCAGGGACACUAUUGUUUUCCAGAGGUGUAUUUAACGCCGCGACUGUGGUGUCAAUCAACCCGAAAUCAGUGCUACUCCGCGAUGUCGAAACGCCAAACAUUAGCUAUCGAAAAAUUCAACUUUGAAUAGUGCAUCGUGUACAGCUCGUAGAGAUGAGUCGAUUGACGCAUCGCCAACCAUCAGCAGACUAAAAAUGACUGCUAUCUUGAACAAUGCUUUCGUAAAAAAAAAACGAAUGUUUUUUACGUUUACAUUUGUGGGGAAAUAAAUCCAGUCGCAAUUAAUGCUGAUAAUUAUUUCACAAAUCAAUCUACCCCAGUGUCACUGUGCAGAUGGGAAUGGUAUCAUCCAGAGAUGGAAAUCAUUAAGGACAUCAUUAUUUUAUGUUCAUCUUUGUGUGUCUUGAAAGAUACAACACAGAAUACAGACCGCUCUAUUCCAACAGCUAUACAGCUGAUAAUUAGAGAGAAAAAAAAGCAACUAUUUAGAGUAACAUUUUGGGGUCAUUCGAGUGAAUUCCCAGAGGUAUGGCUUCACACUUUUUACUGGUAGGAACCUCCUGGUUACACCAGCCCACAGGGGAUUGUG